CGGGAGACGCCAAGGGGAUCUAGGAAACUUUAGAGAAAAGCAUUGCAUCUAAACAGCAGAUGAAGAACAGUGGGAAUUUACCCAAAUUCUGAUGGAUUAUUGCUUUAUUUGAACGCUGGCCACCGCCACCUCGCCCUACAGUUAUCAUUGGCUUGAUUUAAUUCGCACGUUCGUUUUCGUUUUGUUCCUCCGAAAUUCUUGUCUUUUGAAGUCCUCGGAAAUCCUCGCCGAUGUUAGUGCACAGUUUUUCCGCGAUGGAUCGCCACGACGGGACCAGCAAUGGCACAGCCCGGUUACCCCAACUGGGCAGCGUGGGCCAGUCCCCGUACACCAGCGCUCCUCCGCUCUCUCACACGCCCAACUCAGACUUCCAGCCGCCAUACUUUCCGCCACCCUACCAGCCCAUUUACCCGCAGUCUCAGGACCCUUACUCUCACGUUAACGACCCGUACUCCAUCAACUCUCUGCACGCCCAGCCUCAGCCACAGCACCCCGGCUGGCCCGGCCAGCGGCAGAGCCAGGAGAGCAGCCUGCUGCACCAGCACCGCGGGUUACCGCAUCAGCUGUGCAGAGAGUACCGCAGAGAAGUGCUACUUCCCUCGGGUCACGGCAUUGAGACUGGACUCACGGAUUCAAUCCCUAUCCAUGGAAUACCUCACUCUUUAGAAGAUGUUCAGCAUGUCGAAGAUCAAGGAAUUCACAUCCCAGACCAAACCGUAAUCAAGAAAGGUCCUGUUUCCAUAUCCAAGAACAACAGCAAUGUCUCUGCUAUACCGAUAAAUAAAGACGGGCUUUUCGGAGGUGUUGUAAACCCAAACGAAGUGUUCUGUUCGGUUCCGGGUCGCCUGUCUCUUCUGAGCUCAACGUCAAAGUACAAAGUCACAGUAGCGGAGGUGCAGAGACGUCUUUCUCCGCCUGAGUGCCUGAACGCUUCCCUGCUCGGUGGGGUCUUGAGGAGGGCCAAAUCUAAGAACGGCGGAAGAUCUUUAAGAGAAAAGCUAGAUAAAAUCGGAUUAAAUCUACCAGCAGGGAGACGCAAAGCUGCCAACGUUACUCUCCUGACGUCACUGGUGGAAGGUGAAGCGGUGCAUCUGGCCAGAGAUUUCGGUUAUGUGUGCGAGACUGAAUUUCCAGCCAAGGCGGUAGCUGAAUACGUGAACCGACAGCAUUCCGACCCAAACGAACAAGUCCAAAGAAAAAACAUGUUAUUGGCAACGAAACAAAUCUGCAAAGAGUUCACGGACCUGCUCUCGCAAGACCGCUCGCCCUUGGGGAAUUCGCGUCCACAGCCCAUUCUCGAGCCCGGGAUUCAAAGCUGUUUGACCCACUUCAGUCUCAUUUCUCAUGGAUUCGGGACUCCGGCCAUGUGCGCGGCCCUCACCGCGCUGCAGAACUAUUUGACGGAGGCCAUUAAAGCCAUGGACAAAAUGUACCUGAACAACAAUCCUAAUAGCCACAACGAGACGGGGUCGAAGGCGGGUGACAAAGACGAGAAGCACAGAAAGUGAUGUCCAGCCAACGCAUCCCGAUUGAUGUACGACAAAAAUGCAUAUAUAACGAACACUAGUGAUCAAGAUGAAACACUGAACGCGCCACCUCCCGAUCUUGACAUUUUGAAACUUUUUUUUUAGUAACGCUAAUAAAACAGUUCACUUUGGGAUUCGUGGACAAAACAUUUCUUUAAAUCAAAAUAAAGCAGUGUGCCAAUGAAAGGAGUAUAGAUCCGCCACAGCGGGACUUUUCAUGAACUCCCUUUGUAUGAGUUCAACGGACUGAAAUUCAGCGUUUCUUUCCCCCUCCCCCCCCCAUCCCAGUAUCCCCAUUUACGAUUGUAGCCAUGUGACAACAAGAAGCUGAAAGAGGAAGAUUUUUUUAUCAGUAUUGUGAAUAAACUUGAAAGGAAAAAAAAAAAAAUCUACAGCUCCGCGCCAUGACUUCAAGAACUGACUUUUCAACUCGACCAAGCGACCAACUUGAACUUUGAAUUUCAACACGAUUCACGGUUAUAUGAGGGAAUCUGUGUUCAUGUAUGUAUAUAUUUAUUUAUGUGUAAUUUAAUGGGAAUUGUAAAUAUGGUACGUCUGUUUAAACUUCUUUUUUUUAUUUAUCUGGUGCCUCCUGUUUUAGUGGGUUUGAAUAUUCGCUUAGUUCUACAUGUGGUUUUAUGGUUCUUAGAAAACAGAAGUUUGGGGUAUUCUUCUCUGGGAUAUUUCAAUUCAGCCCUCUUGUAGCAUGUUGAGGCGACACUGAAGCAAGUGAACAAAUUUAAAAGAAAUAAACAUCAAUUUCUCUAUAUAUUAUUCUUAUGCCAUUCAGUUUUAGAUCGAAGAAGGUCAUCGCAGAGACCCCGACCGAUGCUAGUUUUGUGUUUCUAUCUUCUUGUUUUUAUACCAGCUUUUUAUGUGUUGUGCCAAUCACCUCUUGUUCUUCCCUCAAAGCACCACAAGAGCAAUAAAUGGAUAUUGUCUUACGAAUUCUUCUUUUUCUUCCUUCCUUCCUUCCUUCAUUCCUUCCUUUUUUAUUUUCAUUUUUUUAUUUAUUUUUUUUUUUUUAUAAUAAAUUUAACAUUUGGGACUAUCUGAUAUCUUGUGUGUCCACUGUCUAAAUUGGAGGCGGUUUUAUCUGUAUUGUAUAAACCUGUGCUGGCAAUAGCUCCCAUGCCUGUCAAUGUAUUAUAGUUCUUUGUUGCCCAGAAAAAAAAAAUAAAUAUUUGAUACGCUUCA